CUCACGGCUCAAAAUAAAGAGCAGACGAGGACAGAGAACAACGAAAGUCUGCCGACGGACGCUUACCACCCAGAGAUUUCUUUGUUUCUUCCUUUUUUUAUAUACAACAGUUGGCGCGUCAGAUGUACAUGUACUCUUAAAGAGAAAAAGUCGCUGCUGGUAACCUUAAUUUGGUUAAGCCAUAGAAGACUCCCGCUGGUCGGUGACGGAAAAACAUGUGUGAUGGAAUGGUAGCGUUUCAGACGAGAAUCCUGUCCUCCUCGUGUCCAUCCCCCUCUAUAGCCUACAGACUGGCUGCCCACGUGCUUUUCCUUCUCUUCACCCUGCUCCCUCACACUCACGCAUCAGGCUGUCCACAGCCACCUGGUGUACAGCAUGGGGACCUGCUCAACCAGACUGAAGCAAACAGGGGCUCCUUUCCUCCGGGCACACAACUGAGCUACAGCUGUGAGCCUGACUACACUGCAGAUGGACCCACCACCAUCAUUUGUACCAGUUCAGGAACAUGGUCCCAGCAGCCCCCACGUUGUGUCCGAAGCGAUGUGUGUUCACCCCCCACCGAGCCAGAAAAUGGGGGUUACCGCUGUCACCCGUCUCCUUGCCAUCGUCUCUCCCACAAGACUGUCAUUGAGUACUUCUGUGAUGAGGGUUAUACUCUGAAAGCAGACUACAAGUUCCUCACCUGUGAAAAUGGCGAGUGGGAUGCUCCCAUGCAGAUUAGCUGCCGGCUCAGUCAUGACAAGGAGCCAAACUCUUCUCUUGGCAUACCAGCACUCUCUAUUGUGGCGUCCACUGCCAGUUCUGUGGCACUCAUCCUGCUUUUAGUGGUACUGUUUGUUCUUAUACAACCAAAACUCAAGUCUUUCCAUCACAGCAGGAGGGAGCAGGGAGUCAUAGGCCAACCCAGCUCCAUCAUGGUGGAAGGGGUCCAAGUGACAUUGCCUUCUUAUGAAGAGGCUGUGUAUGGAAGCAGUACUUCUGAUUCUCCACCACCACAGACUCUAUCAGCUCCUCCAGAGUCUCGAGUCCCAAUCGUGCUGUCUGAGGGGCUCCCCCAGCGAGCUAUGGCAGACCAAGACACCGCCACAGCCCGCCAUAACAGAGACUUAGAUUUGUGUCUCCAAACCACAUCCUCUCAGCAUCGCACAGAGACGGUGAUGGUUCAUCAGGCCCCCUCCUCGUCUUUAACGUCACUGACCAGAGAGCAUCUUGAGGGCGCAUGCGCAGUCCCUCUGCCUCUACGUAGAGACUCUGAAAGCAGUGACCAACACAGUCUGCUGUCUGUCACGUCUGUGGAUGACUUUUCUGAUGAUAUUCCCCUCUUGACAGAAGCAUGAAGCCUGCCAGUCUCCUGUUGGCAUCACAAGGAGAAACCCCCACUUCCAAAUUAUCGUACUGCUGACCAGGACUGACUGUAGCUGUCUACCUACCUACACUCAACAGGUAGCAAAGAAAAGUCUAGAAAUGUUGCCGUUCCCGUCCAGCCUCCUCUGCCAUUACAGCCUAAGCAGACAGACAGCAACCAAUACUCAACUCAGAAUGCUUCUAAGCAUCAUGGAGCUUCAUUGGCUCUACUUCACUCUAGCAACCGGCUUAAGCCCAAAAAAACAGUGCUGUUAGCUCAGCAUAUAUCAUGUAUAUUCUGUUGUUGUUCUGUAUGGUACUGUGCACAAGUUUUAUGCACCUGUGCAUUUUCAAGUGGGUCAA